AUGUAUUCAUUCUUUUCUAAAAAAGUAAAAAACGUAAAGAAAGGAUUUCAAUUCACUCUGAUGGUUGUAGGUGCAUCUGGCACUGGACGUACAACCUUUGUUAAUACCCUUUGUGAUUCCAAUGUUUUAACCAAAAAAAUCUGUGAUAACCCUGAAGAUGCUCAUCAUGAACCUGGUAUUAAUAUCAAGCCUGUUUCAAUUGAGCUUGACGAAGACGGAGUAAGAAUCUCCUUAACAAUUGUUGAUACACCUGGCUUUGGUGAUAAUAUCGAUAAUGAAAAAUGCUUUAAGGAGAUUGUUGGCUAUCUGGAAAGACAAUAUGAUGAUAUUUUGGCUGAAGAAUCUAGAAUUAAACGUAAUCCUAGAUUCCGUGAUAAUCGUGUUCAUGCUCUCUUGUAUUUUAUUUCGCCAUCAGGACAUGCCCUGCGUGAAAUUGAUAUUGAACUUAUGCGUCGUUUGAGUCCUCGAGUUAAUGUCAUUCCUGUCAUUGGCCGUGCAGACUCACUUACACCACAAGAAUUAAAGGAUUUCAAGAGAAGGAUCAUGGAAGAUAUUGAACAUUAUAACAUUCCCAUCUAUAACUUCCCUUAUGAUAUUGAAGAAGAUGAUGAAGAUACUAUUGAGGAGAAUAGUGAACUGAGAAACCUUUUGCCCUUUGCUAUCAUUGGUAGUGAUGAAGAAAUCAUGGUGAAUGGUCGUCCUGUUCGCGGAAGACAGUAUCCUUGGGGUGCAGUUGAAGUUGACAAUCCACAACACUCAGAUUUUGCACGUCUGAAGUCUGCGCUUUUGAGUUCUCAUCUUCAAGACCUUAAAGAAAUAACUCAUGAUUUCUUGUAUGAAAACUAUCGUACCGAGAAGCUUAGUCGCACUGUUCAAGGGGAUGAUGAUAUGUCUCUGAAUGCAGAGGAUAUGGCAAGCCAGAGUGUACGCUUGAAGGAAGAGCAGUUAAGAAAGGAUGAAGAAAAGCUCCGAGAUAUCGAAUUGAAAGUACAAAGAGAGAUUCAAGAAAAGCGAGCUGAAUUGUUAAAUAAGGAAGAAGCUUUACGUAGCUUGGAAGCUAAACUAUCGCAAGCUCAAUUACAAAGUGCCUAA